UAAGCUUGGCUACGUGCUUUGGCUGUUGCUGUUGCAGCGCUGCUGUCUUUGCGGCGCCCGGGCAAUUAUUAGACCAUGCAGGGUCCCCGGGCAGUGCUCAGAGGAGUCGGGGCAGCGGCGCGAGCGGUCAGUGCCCAGGUAAAAGGAGGGAACGAAGGAAGGCGCUGGGGUGGAGGACAGAAGCAGGGGACGAGCGCCGUCGCCUUCGUAGUUCCUGUGUGCAGCGCAGAACUAGUGGGCAGGCAGACGUCCAACAGGUGGGGCCGUCCCUGCAAGAGAUGCUCAGCAUGGCGGCGUCGGCGGCGUCUUCCGUUUAACCUUUGCCACUUGCUGUUAACGACGGAGAAAAGGAGCGGUGAGGAGAAGACCAAGAGCCGAGGAAGCUAGGAGAAAAAAGUCGGCUGGCAGGAAAUUUCUAUUGGAUGCAAAAGGACUUGAAAACCCCUAAGCAGAUCUGGAUUUGAGUUUGGGUUGGACAAAAGUCUUUGAAGAAAGUAUGCGGAUCAAGCCUUCUCUGGCUCGCCUUGCCUUUUCUAGCGUUUGGACAAAAUGUUGGCAGCUAAGGAAACAAAAGGCCACAGGAUAAAGAGUACUUUCCCACAAACUCUAAAAUUAGAAGCAGGACACGCAUCCCCUUCCUAUUCUCCUUUGUUGCCUGUCCAUGGAUAUUGUCAUUUAUUCUACCAUCUUCCUCUUGAUUCAUUCUAAACCACCAUCUCCCAUGUACUCCUACAGGUUUGGGCUGAUGGUUAGAAGACCACUGUUUAAAUGAACAAAGUGAUGGGACAACUAUAGAGACUCCUUCCAUGUGUUUAGAGUAGGCAGAUGCUGAUCAGAGGAUGGGAAUCUUCUCCCUGUGCAAGACAGCUACCCUUGCUAAAUCCACUUUCUCUGUAAAACUAUUAAGCCUCAUCUUUUGCUACAGGGCCACGACAGACCGAUGGCACAUUCUAUGAGUUUCGUACUUACACAGUUAAGCCAAACAAGAUGAAAGAUUUUCUGGACCUCACCAGUAAAAACAUUCACCUUCGCACACUUCAUUCCCCAAUGGUUGGAUACUGGACUCUAGAAUUUGGGGGACUGAAUCAAGUUUUCCACAUUUGGAAAUAUGAGAGCUUUGCACAAAGGGCUGCUGUCCGUACAGCAUUAACCAAAGAUCAGGAGUGGCAAGAAAAAUACAUCUCUUACAUGCUGCCCUUGUUGGACAAACAAGAGAAUGAGAUUACUUACCUGGUCCCCUGGUGUGAACUUGGCAGCUCUGAAAAAGAUGGAGUCUAUGAGUUGGUUACCUUCCAAAUGAAACCUGGUGGACCAGCAGUGUGGGGACAGUCCUUUAAAGCUGCAAUUAAAGCCCACAUAAAUAGUGGAUACACUAAGCUGAUUGGUGUCUUCCAUACUGAAUAUGGACUACUCAACCGAGUUCACGUGCUUUGGUGGAAUGAGAGCCCAGAUAGUCGGGCAGCUGGAAGACACUAUGCCCAUGAGGAUCCUCGGUUAGUAGCAGCUGUUCGAGAAAGCGUUCAAUUCCUGAAAUCACAGCAGAACAACCUCCUGCUUCCUACAGCGUUCUCACCAUUAAAAUAAAUAUAAUGCGUAAUGGACAGAGAAUAUUUUUCAUUGCACUGUUAAGGACAUCUAAGGGUUUUAAUAGUCCAGCUAUAUUUUCCCCAUUUAUAAAAUGUGAUACAAACCUAGUCUCUCUUUCAAUUAUAUGCCUAUUUCCCUUGCUGGAAAUGGGAAGCUUAAUCUCCUGCCCAGUGAAAUGAAAAUUCAAGGUUUACUAAAUUAUGUUAUGAAAAGGAACUUCCAUAAAUUCUUUGUAUUAGGCUCCUUCCUUUUAUAGUUAUAUACCUGUGAAAAAGACUCUGCAAAAGAUGAAAAUAGAGUCCUGAAUAUUUAAGAAAAGCAUAAUUUUUUAAAAAAAAUUCUGAACUACUGUAGACAUCAUGAAUAAGGAUCUUUUCUAAAUGGCCUUUACUGUCCCAAAGCAUUAUUGUCAGGGUUUUUUUUAAUACACAUUUUGCUUGUCCUAAACCUAAGUGCUACGUUACUCUGAAGUAACAUAUAUCUGCCUACAAUUCUAUCAUUGUCUUAACCAUGGAAUUUUAACAUUUCUGUUUCUCUGCUUAUCACUCUGGUAGAACUGAGCCAAAAAAGUAUUUGCAGUGGAACUUCAGUUGAAUGAAAAGUGUUCAGCAAAUCAUGAACUUAAUCUUUUCUUUCAUUUUAAAAAAAUAUUUUUUGUUAUAAAUAACAUCCGGCUUUUCUUUCCUUUUCAAAUUCAAGUAAUUUUUUCCAUGUAUUCAGAGCCAGCUCUGGCAUGUUCAAAUGCAGAAACCGAAUAAACUGAUUUAUUCUGAGAGAGUCACUCGCAGCGGCAUAUUAUGUAGCAUACACAUUCUUAUAUUUUUGAACCAGUCAUAAGAUUGCAGUUCCUGAAAUGUAAUUGUUGGAAUUGAAACAUUAAAAUGGUUUUUUGAAAUGCA